GGAACCAUGGUAGAGCACAACAUGCUUGACGUUAAGUUCUUGAAUAAGUACUGUGCCAGCUCUUCGUCCUCUUCUUCCUCCUCGGACAGAGAGAAGAAAAUACUGAGCACGCUCAAAGGUAGCCUGGGUAAAAAAUACCCACAGAAGAACGGAGAGGUUCUGAGCGCCCAGUAUGGAAUUAACCUGCUCCUCAUCGGCGUGUCGCUGAUGCUCGCGUUGUCGUAUCAGAGGCCCUCCGUGACUGAGGAGAUCCUGCUCGCUUUCCUCACCGCCCUGAUGCUUGUGCAGCUGUUGUGGAUGCUCUGCUACAUCGUUCGGAGGGAACAGCGGCGCAGUCUGCCGCCCGAGAGGGACGCCAAUACGGCCACCAGCUGGAUCAGAGGGGGCUUAACCAUGCUCGCGAUGCUGUCCCUCAUCAUGGACGCUUUCCGUAUCGGAAAUUUCGUGGGAUAUCAGGCGUGCGUAUCUCCCAUGCUCGGUGUCUAUCCCGCUGUGCACGCUCUUCACACCAUAUCACAGGUGCAUUUCCUCUGGUUUCACAUUAAAGAUGUUAUCAAGCGAUAUGAAACGUUUGAAAGGUUCGGGGUGAUCCACGCUGUGUUUACUAACUUGCUGCUGUGGAGUAAUGCAGUGAUGACUGAGGCAGAACACGCCCUCAACGACCACAAGAAACGCCUUGCUGCCCUCGGAUACUUCAACUUUACUGUGGAUCCUGAGCAGCCUGCCUGUAACUGCACGUCCAGUGCCUGCUCCAUGUUUAGCAGCAGUCUCUACUACCUCUGUCCCUUCAACAUCGAGUACCACAUCUUCGUCUCUGCCCUCCUCUUUGUCAUGUGGAAGAACAUUGGCCGCACUCUGGAGCACCAGAGCCCUGAGAAGCAUGGGUCGGUGGGGGGCUCGUGCCUGUUGCUUGGGCCCAUGCUGGGUCUUCUUGCCCUGGCCAGCUCCAUCACCGUGCUAGUCAUCUACAUCAUCCAUGUGGAGGAGACGGCAGAGGCUCGUGCCUCAGCCAUCUCCAUGUUCUACACCUUUGGCAUUGUGAUCCUGGCAUGUAUGAGUGUGGCAGGUGCUGCAGGACUGCUGAUCUACCGUGUAGAGAACUGGCCCAUGGACACGGCGGCCAACCCGGCCCGCACUCUGGACGCCAAGCUGCUGCUGGCCUCCUCUGUGGGGGCGUGGCUCCUCUGUUGGUGUAGUGUCGUGGCGGUGUGCUGGGCUCAGCCCUCCCCCACCUACCGUUGGAGCAAUCUGGCCUAUGCUCUGCUGUUGGUGUUGGAAAAGUGCGUGCAGAACCUGUUUAUCGUUGAGUCUCUGUAUCGCAGACGCCGAGAACCUGAUGAAUGCUCUGCCCACAGCCCCUCCCACACUCCCACCCACAGUCCUGCCCCUGGUGAGAUCUUCUCAGUGACAGUGCCCAUUGCUCCUCCAUAUGAUGGUAUUGUUAACCAUGCGUAUGAGAUGCCAGACUGCAGGGUGAUGGAGAAGAGCCAGACUAACAGGCAUGCAUGCAGCAGCAACCAAAGAAACAUGCCACUUUCUCUCCGACACAGAACUCAAGACACACCCAGCUGGAAGAGACAGGUCCUGAAAAAUAUUGCCAUCUUCCUGUUCAUGUGCAACAUUUCGCUCUGGGUCCUCCCUGCCUUUGGUUGUCGGCCCCAGUUUGAUAACGGUCUUGAGGAGGCGGUGUAUGGAUUUUCCACCUGGAGUACGGUGCUAAACUUCGCCCUUCCCAUGAGCCUUUGCUACCGCAUGCACUCUGUGGCUGCUCUCUUUGAAGUUUUUCACAAGAUCUGA